GCGCCAUGUGUUGUAGGGAAUGUUUUUGCUAAACCAAUUGACAAGCCGACUGUGGUUGUUAUCUGGGUUUUCCUUCUUGUUUUGAGAGCUUGUUUAUCUGCACUUUGGGCCUAAUACGCCGCCGUCUUUUUUCCAGCGUUUUUCUACAGAGCGCGCGCGCUCGCUGCUAUAUGCGUAGCUACGGUUGCCGUAUCGACGCCCGGACGACUUGAGGCUCUUCUUAGGACCAGUGCCUGACACAGAAAAGGGGAGUUGAAGAGCUCAAGUUGCCCAUCUGGUGCCAAUAAAUUUUCCGGGGACUGUCUCCCGUCUGCCCAACCCCGUUUAGCAAGCGUUCUCUGUCGCGGUCAAACUCGGGAGCUUUUCUUGCGUCUGGCGAGAGUCCACGCUUCUGAGGUGACGCUUCUUCGUACAAGUUACACGACUUUUAAAUAGAGCGCUUGAAGACAACGACAAUGGUCGAAUCCGCUUGUCGAUCUAUGUUGUCAGAAAACUGAUAAAGGUGGAGACCCAAUUCGCUCUCGUUGGUGUAUCUCAACGUUUCGUUGCAUGGUCGUGCGUAGCUGAGAGAGCAGCCAAGUUUUCUCGCUUCUUGGUCUCGCCCUGCCUUUUCGAUGCAUUCCUACCUCGCUUUUUUCUCCUUCUCCACAACUUUACCGCGUCUGAUACAAGUCGGCUCGUACAGCGAGUACAGCAGAAGUCCGAGUUCCUCCUCUGACCAACAGAGGACGCAGCGCUUUCCGUCCUUUUGAACGCGCAAGUCACUGCUGCACUUUCUUUCUGUCGCGAAUUCUCGCUGCGCCCAAUUUCCCCGCGCUGCACUUUUUUGGUCGUCCUUCCUGUCGCCGCACGGUUCUCUCCAUCCCCGAGCCACCACAGACUGACCUGUAUUUUCUUUCGUCCGCAUGCGUUCAACUCCAAGAGCCUCGGAUUGUUGUUUACAGGCAGAGGGCACCUUCUUGGCUGCGGUACGGCGAUCUCUGCUACAAGAAACGUCUCUCGAUCCGAACAGUUUCGCUGCUGUCGUACCCUGACGCUGGAGGCUGCCGGCUGCAACGCGAGAGUGAACCUACGCAGAGUCAGUGAAGGCCCAGCAAAUGGCGAUUUCGCGCAGAGACGGAGGGCGGAGGAGAGGAGCCGUGGAGGAGGACAACGUUGAGUUCCCGAGACCGACUACGUUGGCGAGACGGCGACGGGAGCUCAGAAGACGAAGCAGCACAGAGGCGACAGGUUCUACGGCGUCUCCGCGCUCCCGGGUGGGGACGACUGUGUUUUUCAUGGUUCUCCUCUCUGUGGUUUCGUACCUGUUAGUUCAGAAUCGAAAGCGCAUCGCCAACUUUGUCGGCGACAGCGGCGUCACCCUCGCAGUGGUGACAGACCAGGUGCCGGAGGCCUCGACAUCCACAAGCGACGUAGUCCAGGUGUCUGACGAUGCGCUGGAAGACUCGGACGCGAAAGCAGAAAUAGCGAGUUCCUAUAAAAUCCCAGCAGACGUCGUCCGGCGCGCAACGAAACUCGCUCGUGACCAUUACGUCUUGUCGGCGUUCUUUGCCGCCACAGUCGUGAGUUUGGCUGUGUACAGCGGUCACCUCCCGUUUCUCGGGGCGCCGCAGAGCGGAGCGGCGCGUUCGUCGGCGGGUGGGCCGCUGCGUUUCGCGGACCUCUUCCCGCAUCUGUUGAAGUCAGAGAACGUUGAUCGAGACGCGACUGAAAUCGAGAGUCGGGCGCUCGAGCAGCUGGGUGUCGUCGCGUCCUCGUGGAAGCCAACAGAAUCGCUCCGGAAAUUCUUCGAGUGGUUGAUGAGUGAGAGGCCGGGACCUGCUGCGGACGAGCCGACGCUGCCGAGUGUGGAGUUCGUGAACGGGCUCGUCGGCACAAUGGUCGCCAAACUGAAGGCGUCGGUGUCAAACUUGCCUGCGGGGGGGAUGCUGAUGUCCCUGGGGAAAAUGCUGAUGUUUGCAGGCGUUAUCUUCGGUGCCGGGCAGCUCACGACGCGCGUGCUCAAGGCCGAAGUCAACGCUGUGACAGGCAGGUUCGGGGUGGUCAGGCGCCAGAUCUGGGAGCGGGAGCAGGCCGCACAAGAGGCGGAAAACGUCGUGAAUCAAUUGCAGCAACAUGUGACGAAACUCGAGGCGAAGCUCGAGAUGGAACGCGAGGCCCUGAAGAGCGAAUCGGAGCGGGCGGCCACUGCGCGAGUCAUGCUCAAGCAACUGAAAGAGACCAGUGAAGGCGUCGUCGAAGACAAGGCCGCUGUGCUGGAGGCGGCAGGACGCGAAGCCGAGGACCGGCGCGCGAAGAUCGCGGCGAUUGUGGCGCAAAUCAAGGAGACCAACGAGGAGAUAAAACGCUUGGAAGCCGAGCGCGCCGCGCUCCAAGAGGAGGUGCACUUGGCCUCGGUGGAGGUGGCGAGUCUCGUAGGUGACGUCGAUACGCAAAGAGGGACUGUGGGAGCCGGUGGAAGACCUCGCGGCGAACAGGGGAAACGCGAGGCGUUGGAGCAAUUGGAGAAGGAAACGCAGGUGAUGCUCAGUGUGAUCGACGAGCUGAACAGCGCAAUUGACAAAGCCACCACUCUGAAAGACAUCACGACGAAACGCGUCAUCGAUCUGCAGAACGUCCACGCAACGGCCGCAGAAGCAACCAAACGGGAACAGGAAGAGACUGAAAAGGUUGUGCAGGCGAUGUGCGACGUGAUCGACCGCAUCGAAAACGAUACAAACGACGCGCGAAGCAAUUUGGUCAUCUUGGAAGAGAAACUCAAAGAUGCGAACGCCAAGAUUGAAGCGAUCCGGCAAGCAGCCGAAGGGCAGGAAGACCCGCAGCAGCUGCGGGCUGCGAUCCAGGCGCAGGAAGCGUAAGGGAUGCAGAUCGACUACGAAGGUCGAACACUCCUGACCAGGUUCACUUCAAACCAGGAUUGGUAGAAAGGUAUUUGGACAUGUCAGACAGAAACGUGAGAGCAGCUCCACCGCACAGUUCGUGCCUUUCACUGGGCAUACAUGCGAAUGGCGGGGCUGUGGACUUUCAGCGCGCAGGCACCCCUGUGCAAUCAAUCGGAUUAGUCGCGGACCACCAGCAAGCUGUUUACCUCACAGAUAAGCGGUUGAGACGGACCAGCAGACACGCCAUGGUUUUCGCUCUCCGAAAAAUAAAAGUGUACAGUGCUGUUGCAGGAUAGGAUAGGUUCGUUGAGAGUCUGUUGUCCGUCUGCGUCAGGUCAAUUCCUCAUGCGACAUCAGCUGUACAAUCAAAAAUCGUGCUCGUAGAACGCGUGGGUACUUUUCAAACAUUCGAGAAUAAGCUUGACAGAGGGA